AUGAAGGCGGUGCUGGACAGCGAGGGGGAGCUCAACGCCUUGGAUGCCGCCAUGGCGGACGGGGACCUGGGCCGCAACAUGGCCCGGGCAGCGCAGCUUGUCUUGGCGGCGCUGAAAGAUGGAGCCUUGCCUAUGGCCUGGCCUGCGCUGCUGUUCCUGCGCCUGGCGGAUGUGCUCCGGGGCGUGGACGGCACCUUAUCGGCGCUGCUCUCCGUGUUCUUUGGGCGUGCGGGGCGGCACUUGGCGCAGCGGAGGCUGAAGUGGCAGAAGACCAGACACCCACGCGGGACGAGGCGUCGCUGCAGCCACCUUGGGUGGGACGCCCUGGAGGUCUACGAUGCCCUUUGUGCUGGCGAGAAGGAGGUGGAGACAGUGGGGGAGUCCGCCGAGGGCCAGCGCACUUUUCUGGACGCCCUGCUGCCUGCGCUGCGGGUCGCAGGCAAAAGCAUCAAGCCUGCAGAAGCCGAAGGCUUGUUCAUCCCGCUGGAGGAUGAUGAGGAGUAUAACUUGGAGUUUGCAGAGCAACAUAUGGACUGGGGUCGGCAGACGAGCGCUGAUGAAGUCGCGCCGGAGAUCGAGGAGAGCGACCGGCCAGCGCAGGAGGCAAAUGGGCACGUUUGA